GUAUGUUGUGUAGAGCGAAAAUGAAGUGAAUAACGCUCGCACAGUGUAAAAGUGUAAAAAAAUAAGUGAAACAAAUGAGAAAAAUAAUAAAUUUAGUGUUUUAAAAUAAGUGAGUGUCGCUAUGUGAGGUGGUGUUGUGUGCAAAACGAAGUUUACACGUUUCAGGUGCGUCGACAUCAAGAUGAAGUUAAAACGGCUGUGUUUUUUUGUGAAAUAGUGUUUGUGCGCCAAAAAACAAAAAUUUCUCAAUGUGGUGUUUAGGGCAAAAUGGUCAGAGAGACUAGACACUUGUGGGUAGGAAAUUUACCCGAUAAUAUACGAGAAGAUCGAAUACGAGAACAUUUUAAACGGCUCUGCGUUUUUGGGACUACUGACUACAAAAGGCGAGCCGCCACUGCAUUGCCGCUACUUAAAAUGUAUGGCCGCGUGCAGAGUGUCAAAUUGUUGCCGAGGUGCACCGAGGAGAAGACCGGCGAGAUCACGAUGGCGUGCACGGUGGCGUUCAUGGACAUCAAAAGUGCGUCCAAAGCUCAUAAUGCCGAGCUGAAGAUCGACGAUAGGACUCUGAACACGGAGUACUACGAACCUGCUGCCAUUCCGUCCGCUGCCUCGCCGCAGAACACGUCCUCCCCGUACUCCAGCUUUCCAAACGGCCAUGGGUCCUCCGACGAGCAUGGAUCUUUCCAGGAGCGCUUCUACGACAGAUCGACGACCAGGGUGGCCCCCGAGGGGGAAUUCAUCCGCCGAACGGGCUACCACGACACAAGCAGGAGUCGAACCCGCGACAGAUCCUACCGUAACGGCCCCUAUAACUCCCUCAUGGACCGCCACUCUAGAACACUCAACAGCUCGUGGUCGUACGAUUCAACGAGGUACAACAGCACCACAGGGUGCAGUCAGACGGAUACAGGGUAUAGCACUACACCAUCUGAUAGCAACGAGAGGCGAAGUUCGGAUCAAAGCUCGAAGAAAAAGACGAAAUCGAGAUCGGGAUCGAGGUCGCCUUCACCGUCGGGGAGCACCAGCAGUCGGUCACCAUCUAGAUCCAGGUCUCGAAGCAGCAGCAGUUCCUCGAGUUCCUCCACGUCGCGGGACACGAGUUCGACAAGCUCGCCGAAGUCCAGGAGACUAACCUCUUCUGCCAACGCCAACCACCAACCGAUCGUACAUUCGGACGACCGGCGGCCGCUUGCGAUAUGCGUGAAAAACCUCCCCUUACGGUCGUCGGACACGAGCCUGAAGGACGGCCUGUUCCACGAGUACAAAAAACACGGGAAGGUCACGUGGGUGAAGGUGGUGGGCCAGAACUCGGAGCGCCACGCGAUCGUGUGCUUCAAGAAGCCGGAAGACGUGGAAAAAGCACUGGAGGUGAGCUACGACAAACAGUUUUUUGGAUGUAAGAUCGAGGUGGCCCCCUACCAAGGCUACGACGUGGAGGACAAUGAUUUGCGGCCCUACGAGGCUGAGAUCGACGAAUUCCACCCGAAAGCCACAAGGACACUGUUUAUCGGCAAUUUAGAGAAGGAUGUGACCGCGUCAGAUCUCAGGAAACACUUCGAUCAGUUCGGUGAAAUCAUUGAAAUUGACAUAAAAAAACAAGCGGCUGUGAGUUCGUAUGCGUUUUGCCAAUACUCCGAUAUCGUAAGUGUUGUCAAGGCUAUACGUAAGAUGGACGGUGAGCAUUUAGGAAAUAAUCGAAUUAAAUUAGGUUUCGGUAAGUCAAUGCCGUAUAAUUGUGUGUGGAUUGAUGGGGUUAACGAGCACGUUAACGAAAAGUACCUGAGAAUGCACUUCGAACCGUUUGGUGUUAUAACUAAAGUGCAUAUAGAUCGGGAGAAAGGGCAGGCGCUUAUAUUUUACGAACAGGUGUUACACGCGCAGGCGGCGGUCAACAAGAUGCGCGGAUUCAACUUGAAGAACACAAAGAUCCAAGUGGACUUUGCCAGCAGGGAAUGCCAGGAGUCGUUUUUUGAAAGACUGGAAAAACAAGGCACCGUGCUAGACAGGACCUCUUUCGAAGAGAGGAGGGACUCCACGGCACGAAGUUUCGAUUCUACGACUGCCACUAGGUUUUCGAGAUACGAUACCCCGACACGACCGCGAACGUCGUCGUACAGCAGCAGAUCCAGCAUAACGGCGAGCCAAGUAACCUCGGUAAUGCAGUCACCCGGCACCCCGGGGUCAGUAACACCCAGGGGUACAGGCUCUCGAUCACGCGUUGCUCGAUUUGCAGAGUACUACGACACGGCAGAAUAUCCGGACCGACAUUUCCGCAGUUACGAUGAGUACAGUCAAGGUUCGGCUGCUUCUCAUGAAGAUCCAUAUGAGCCUGAUUACGUGUUUUCUCACGAUAGUCCUACACAUAUUGUCGAUCCCGUGGAUACGAGGACCAUACAGACCGAAGCUGUACCGUUCGCGCCUCCUGAUAUAAGGAACCUUCAGAAGGAGAGGGUGCACCUGUUGGAGCAACUCGAGGAAUGUCCCAGUUCUGGUGAUGAGUUAAUGAGUCCUAAAAAACGACUGAAAUUAGAAUUAUUAGACUCAACCAUUACUAGCGAUGUUAUCAUAGAGGCUAAUAGGGAUCAUAGGAAGGUCAUGGAGGUUAGGAGGCUGUCGGACGCAAAUAUCAGGCACCAUUCGAGAAGACCCUCUAUUGAUUCGGGGAAACACUCCACUAGGGACACGGGACAUGAUAGAAGUGGAUACUUACCUCACACCGUUUGUAAACGGAGAAAGACGGCAGGUAGCGACAGUGGCUCUAGGGUACAUCAUUAUGAUCAUUCCGGUUCGGAAAGUGUGGGUGGUUCCAGACCAGGCACCCCGCUGUGCGAUGAGAGGCCGGAAAAUUUUCAACCUAGCGAACCCAGGAGGGUGCCCCGGGAAAGAGAAGGUCCUCUCACUUUACCACUGCCACGGUUUGCAGCUCAAGUUAUGAACAGAGGCAAUGUGUCAGUAGCGGGAAUUAAAGGCCAGAAAGACAACGUUCUCUCGAGCCCCCCCGCAGCGGCUACCAGCCCUAGGAUAACGAAUCCGAGGCCUCCUAGUCCUGUCCACGUGCCCCCACCGGCAUCACCUCCCCCAAGACCGCCUAGUCUCAGCUCCAAUUCCAGCGAUAGUGACAUAACACCACCAAGUCCGUCUUUGGAGGAACGCAUUCGAUCCUUGGAUGAGAAGUACGAGAAAUGGUCGGGAUCGCGGGCCCUCAGUGCUGCCGGUGGGGAUGCUUUGGCCAUGCUCGAUGCCAACCUCGAGAAAUUCAGAUUACGUCACAAGCUCCUAGAUCUAGAUUUGAAGGAGGUCCAACCCUCGGAAAUCGUUAAAUCUGUGAUGGCGAAACGGUCAGUGUUUGACGAGGACCUGAAGAGGUUGGAGAACGUAGGGGAGAAGUACGAGCCCAAAGAGUUUAAUUUGUUCCCUAGGGCCGCCACGACAGCCCAAACUUCAGUACCUGCAACACCUUUGUCGGCGCCACCAGCGCUGAAACUCGCACCCGUCACCCAGCUGCCCAAAACCCCCACCAUGCUAUCCCCUAGAUCCACAGGAACCAGCAUACCCGCUGCGAAAGGUCUUCAGUAUCCUUUUCCCACUCACCCGCCGGUUCUCAUGUCACCAGUCCCGUCGCAUACGCAAACUCCACCGACGCCCACGACGUCAACAUCUCUUCCCGCACCGACGGCUACAAGUACAACAACAACACGAAGCACCAGCCAUGGUGAAAAUAGACUGAAACCGUGCGCCGGUGUUUCUAGUGAUAUAAGGACAACUAGCAAAGUGAAUGUAAAUAGAAGUACUGUAGUGUCUUCUUUAGCGCCGAUUAAAAGUAGUGAAAAGACCAAUAUCAACAUUCCUAAUUCCGGUGACAGCGCGACAUCUAGUGCUAGUUUAUCAUCGGAGAAACAUAACAAAUCCGUGCGGGAGGUUAAAUCUAGUGAUAAAACUAGUGAAAAGGUAUUGUGUCGGAGGGAUUCUAAUAGUAAUUCGCCUCGCGCAGACGUUAAAACUAGAAGAAACAGUGAUACUAGUGCCCGAAGAAUAGAGGAUAGCGAGAAAUUCACCGAUUCAGAUAGUAGUCAUAAAGAGAGAAUGAAUAACGACGAAGAGAAAAAGGACCGUCUUGAGAAAGCUAGGCUUGAAAACGAGAAGUUAGAGAGAGAAAAGCUUGAGAAAGAGAGAAUCGAAAAGGAGAGAAUGGAGAAAGAAAAACAGGAGAGGGAACGCAUCGAAAAAGAAAAACUAGAAAAGGAAAGGUUGGAGAGGGAGAGUGAAUUAGAAAAACAACGAUUAGAAAAAGAAAGGCUAGAAAAAGAACGAAUAGAAAAAGAAAAGCAAGAGAAAGAACGCUUAGAGAAAGAAAAGGCAGAAAAGGAAAGGGAGCGAGCUGAGAGACUACGUCAAGAAAGGGAGCGUGCAGACAAAGAACGUCUAGAGCGUGAACGAAUCGAAAAAGAGAGGCAGCAAGAACAUGAAAGAUUAGAGAAAGAAAGAAAAGCCCGUGAAAGAAAAGAACGAGAAGAACGCGAACGAAAAGAAAAAGAAGAAAGAGAGAGGCGAGAACGAGAAGAACAACAAGAAAGGGAACGAUUAGAAAUGCUGGAGAAAGAAAAGAAAGAACGUGAGAGGAAAGAAAAAGAGGAAAGGGAGAAAAGGGAGCGUGAGGAGAUGGAGAGAAGGCAAAGAGAAGAUUGGGAGAGGAAAGAAAGGGAGGAACGAGAGAGAAAAGAUCGGGAGGAGAAAGAAUUGCGAGAGCAAGAAGAAAAACUGGCGCGAGAGAGGUUGGAAAGAGAACGUGCUGAAAAGGACAAACUCGAAAGAGACCGGAAGAGGGAAGAAGAACGGUCACGGCAUAAAGAAGACAAUCAUGAUAAAAGGAAAGACGACCAUAAAAAUCGAGAAAAUCACAGUGAGCUUAAACACAGAGAAAACAGUUUAGAAAAACACAUAUACGACAGCAAAAACACCAAAGAAUCUAGUAGAGACGAAAAAUGUUCUAGGGAUAAUCAUGACCUAUUUAGGCGUGACUCGCACGACUCACGCAGUAGUAAUGAAAAAUCUAGACACCACAUAGAGAGAGAUGCUGAGAGAAGGAAAGAGAGCAUAAAAGAAAAUCGUGAUAACAACAUACACGAUAAACAUAAAAGUUUCAAUGACUUAAAAGACGUCAAUAACCGCAAUGUUGUUGAAAGCCGUCACAUGUCCAUAGACUUGGAUAAAAACAGAACUUACGACAACAUCAAACAAGAUCCAAAUAAGAGAAAGGAGAGAAACAAUAGUUUGCCUGCUAGUAUUGGUUCCAAACGAAGACUGAGUUCUCACGACAGUUUGGAUAGCAUCGACGAGAGCAAGAGAAUAAAAUUAGUCCACGAUCAUAAAAAACUGUCCGAAAGACGGGAUUCCAAGGACAGUACUAGAUCAGAAGACAGAGGAAAAAGCAGUAAACAUAAAAAUAAUAUAAUUAAACCUCAUGACAAACAUGGAACGAAAGACGUGGAUGAAAAACGGAAAGAAAGAGACAAAGAAAGAGAGGAGCGUCAUAAGAAGCAUAAAUUGGAAAAACAAAAAUCAAAAAGUAAAAGUCGAGAAAAAGAAUCCCGGGAAUCACCUACUACACCAAAAAGCCCUCUCACAGAUAAAGAUUUUUUGGCAAGACUAGAUUUAAAGUCAAAUGAAGAAUCAGAUAAACGCACAGAUGUCAAGGAAAACAAAGAAAGUAAAGAAAAACGCAAGGAGGUAUCUACAUUUAGUGCCCAUGAGGACAAAGAUCGAUCGUCUCAUGAGGACAGGUCAAAAAAACAAGAAAAGCUGUUUGAAAAACAUCACAAUGCAGAAAAACAUUCAAAAAUUCGUUCUGAUAUCGAAACAAUUUCAAAAAGUAACGAGGAAAGAAAGAAACGUGACCGUAUUAGAAAAAUAACCAACAGUUCCGAGAGUGACUCUGAUGAACCAAAAAAGCACUCGAUAUUUGACAUCGUUGACGAUGAACCUGCUUAUAUUUCUAUGUACGACAAAGUUAAAGCCAGGAGCUGUAAAAACAUGGCCAAACAAGAGGAAGAAAAGCGGCAAGAAAAGAUAAAAGCUAAAUUUAGUCAGUUAAAACAAAGUCGUGCAAAAAGGGAAGAAAAGAAACGGUCCACUUCCUGGGACGAAGACUCUGAAUCUGAAGAUAAAGACCCCAAUGAAGUGAAAGUCAAACGUUGUCCAAAAAUGCUCAUCGACAGUUCAGAUGACGAGAGCCGUGAUAGAAAAAUUAGGAAAAAGAAAGAAAUAUAUUCCGAUUCGGACUCUUCUGCGAUUAUGAAACAGAUUAAACGUGAACAACUUGACACCAGUGAAGAUGAGAUUAAAAAUAAGAACAUCUUAAGAGGCUGCAAAUCCCGAAUUACUAGCGAUACUUCCGAGGAUGAGUACAACAAGAGAAAGCUCCAAAGUCAUAUCAAAACCGAAGUGUUCUCAGAUACUGAAAACGCAAAUAUUCAAGGUUUUCUUGAGACAGAAGAAAAACCACAAUUAACAAAAGUCAAAGAUGAAUUAGAAAGGUUAAUUAAGAAAGAAAGAAGAAACAGCAAACAUCAGGAUUCGUCCUUGGAAAUAAGCACACAGAUUUUUGGUGAUUCAACAUCAACAUUAAAUGAGAAAAUUGAAAAAUUCAGUAAUAGACAUUCAUUCAUGGAAAAUACUACAGAUGAUGAAAUUACAGAGACCACUAAAAAGGAGAGGUCAGAAAGGAGGGAAAAGAAACAUAAAAAGAAGCAGAAGAAACAAAAGCAUUCCCUUAGCAGCGAAGACUCGUGCAAAGUCGAAAAUGAUUCAAUACAAGGAGAAACUUCAGAACGAUCUAAACACGAAAAAAAGAAAGAUCAUAGUAAGAAAGACAAGAGAAGAGACAAAACAAAAGAAGGUCGUGAAAAAUCUAAAAAAUCCAAAAGGAACAAAUCCGAGUCAAAAAGUGAAAGUAAAAGAGAAGGCAAAAUGGAAAACAUCUUUGGAUCUCUUUCAGAAGAUUCUGAACAUGGUACUAAAGAAGUUGAACAACAAAAAUCUAGUGUAUUUCAUGAACGAGUUACCGAGGAAGAGAACGCGAACGUCUACAAUAGUGAAUCUGAAAGAGAGCUAGAGAAGGAGAAGACUAAAGAAAAAGAGGAAAGAGAACGUGAAAGAGAGGAGCAUAAGAAACGUAAAGAAAAGAAACGCCGUGAAAAGGAACGCCGUCUCCAAGAGGCAGCCGCAGCAGCUGCCGCUGCUGCUGCAGCCGCUAUCGAACAAACAAGUAACGAAAACAGUAUGGAUUAUGCUGAUAUGGGUAAGCAGUUGGAAGCAAACAUGCUAAAAGAUGAAAGUUUAGACGCUUCAGAAGAAAUCACCAAAAGCGAAGUAAACUCUGCUAAUCCGGAUAAUCCUGAGGACCCUUUUCAUUUCAAUGAAGUCAGUGAAAAACAUGAAAUAAAGAGAGAGAAAGAAGAACGCAAAGAAGGAAAAGAAAAGAAAAAGAAGAGGAAAAAGAGUAAAGACGAGAAAACGAAACACCACCACCAUCAUCACCACCAUGAAAAAAAUAAAAUUAAAUCUCCCGAAUUUAAGAAAGAGGUAACACCGCCUCAAGACAUUAAAGUGGAAGUAGAAGAAUCACAACCACAAAGUCAAAAUCAAAGUUUACCCACUCUUCUUGAUGAGAGUACUAGUCCUUCUAAUAAGGCUCUUACCCCAGACUUUACCGUUUCUCCUUCGACUCGAGAAAUUCAUCCAGUUAUUAGCCCUAUUCCGAAAACACCAACAAUUUCAAAAGAAAAGAAACGAGAUAAAUUCAUACCAGGGUUCGGAGUAGAGAUUGAUGAAAAAAUACACGAAUCUGCUGUGAAAUCUAUUUCUGAAUUUGAACCAGUCAUCAAAAAAGAAGAAGUUGUCAAAGAAGAGGAAAAUAAAGAUGACAAAGAUUCCCAAAUAUCCGAAGAAAAACCUCGAGUUGUCAUUUCACAAGAAGAAACCGAAGAUGCAGUGGCAGCAUUGCUCGGUGAAAGUUUUGAAAAUGGAAAGUUUGAGGAAUGUUACAACGAUGAAAUUAACAGCACCACUGAUCAAACAACCUCGCUCGUUGAAGAGAAUAAUGCCCAAGAUGACGAAGAAAUGCGACAGGCCGUUGAAAGCCUUAGCACUGCUGAUUUAGAUGUUAAGCCUGAUACACCACAAAGCGAGCAUGAGUUACAAAUUGAUACAGAUACAGAAGAACAAGAAGAAGUUUCGUCAAGGUUUGAACCUAAAACGCCAGAUUUACCCGACUUCUCUCAACCGCCAAAAACAACGGAUAUUGCAAAGUACAUUCGAAACGAGGACAAAACCCCUUCUACUCAAAUUGUUUUGAAGAAUACACCAAAUAUCAGCAGCCCACCAUCUUUGACUCCAAUAAAACCACAAGUUUCUGCAGCUGUAGAAAUCAGGAAAUCGCUAGAUUUGGAACAAAAGUCCCUCCCAAUGUUACCAGAACAACAACAACGAUCUGUAAUUUCACAAACGUGGCCAAUAGAAAAACAACCAGAACUCUCAAAACCUGAGCCUACGACAGUUAUUAAAAUUGAGAAUGUUUUAUCUCAACAAAAACUAAACAAAAGUAUCACACCUCAGCCAUUAAGGCAGUAUCCAACCCCUCCAAUGGUGAAGAUAUCUGAAUCCGCUCCUUAUCCUGCAUUGAAACCAAUUACACAGCCACCGGAUCAUAUAAAACUUUCUCCCCUCUCAGAACAACCAACAAAAAUCCAACAUGCACCCGUCUUACAAACACCCACGAAAUCUUUAGUUACGUCUCAAUUGCACAAUUUACCAGCUCGUUCUCCAGUGCAGGUUAACAAACCACCAACUUCCACACACGAUCCUGGAAUGUUGUCUCCGAAAUCUACUCCUAAUCUUGUUCAUAACAGACUUCCAAUAACACCCGUGAUGGUAUCCAAACCGCUGCCAGCUACAACCGUAAUUCUGCAGCAGGCCAAGGUGGCUCACACUUUGGAACCACCGAAACUGGUUUCUACUUCUGACCCCAGAACACAAGAAAGACCUAGAACUGUUUUUCAAACGUCUGCUAUUCAACAGGCGCAGUUUCCCAAUUUCGCACAAAACCAGCCGAGGAUGUUGAUUCAAGGAAAUAUUCGGCAGUUACCGCCACAAGGUCUGCUGCUUCCUACGAGACAACUGCCUCAAAACACGUACGGUUAUUUGGGUAACUUGGCUCACUCGCCAUAUAUGCACGCCGCAGGGUUGAGCGAAAAGAACCAAAACGAACCUCUAAAAAUUGGCCAACCGAUGCCCUCGAGUUUAGUGAGUAGUCAGAGUACACUACCACAGCCUAGUAUUAUUAUGCCUACUUCUAAUAUCCAACCUCAUGUGUCUCAACCACAACCUCUAGCAAUUUCUAAGGACCACACAAUGAAACCUUCUCCAACAAUAUUAAGUCCAAAAGUCAUAACAAGUACUCCUAGUCCGAAGUCGUUUAUGCCGUCGUCGCCAAAUCCAAGGUCAUCUCCAAUGCCUGCGACAAGUCCAAAACCUGUUAUAUCUACUUCGAGUCCUAGUGCGUCUACGGCUGUAGUAACUUCGGUUUCUUCAUCUACUGAUUCAUCUAAAUUGUCAAAUACUAUUGCUCCCGAAACUCCAAAAACUCCAGAAGUUAUUGAAAAUAAUUUAGACAAAAAAUUAAACAACAUACAUCCAAAUGUCAUACAGAAAGCUUCUACUGUUCCACCUAUAUCUAAUCCAGUUACUGAAUCAGCACCAAGUGAACCAGCUCAUCCAGAAGUUAAGGAGAUUAAGACGGAGCCUAAUACAGAAGCACCAGUUAAGCUGGCUAUUGAAAAGGUGACUGAAGAAUUAAACAUGUCUUUAGAAAAGGAAUCUCCGGAACUUAAAGAAAAGGAAAUCAAAACAGAAGUUCCAACUACGGACGCAUCAGAACCCAUAGAAAAACCGAAGGAAGUUAAACUAGAGAUCAAAGAUGAAUGUAAAAAAGAUGUAGCAGUGGAGAAACCUACAGUCGAACCAGAUAAUACCACGACUGUUAUUAAAGAAAUCGAAAAGUUUGACGAGGAGAAAGCCGACACAGAAAGUAUCGUUUCUGAUAUCAGCAAAGAAAGAUCUAGCGCAGACAUUCUGACUAAAGAAGAUCCACUUGAUACGAAAGAGGAUAGCGAUUAUUGGUCAGCAAAGGAAGUAAACAUUGACUCGGUUAUCAAGACGCUAUGUUCAGCUGAUGAACUCUCAGAUCAUAGCAGUGAAAAUGGCAAGGAUGACUGGUUUGACGACAACAAAACCAAUGAAUGUUCGAAAACUGUCAUUGGCGACAAAGAACAGUCUACACCUGAAAGUAAACCAAUUGAGCCGGUUGAAAAUAAGAACGACGAACCUGAAAUCCAUGAUGAAGGAGUUGAACCGGAAGAAGAACAAAAGGGGGUGGUAAAUCUCCGUAGCGGUAAUCGUGGUCGUGGUGGUAGAGGAAGAGGUCGCGGUAAAGCUAGAGGUGCUAACGUUGACCGUAGUGGGAUUCAGACUCGUCGUGGUAAAAUUAAUAAAGAACAACCAGUAUCAACUUUGUCUCCGACUAAAAGAGGUCGUGGUGGAAGACCGCGAACUGAACGAAAAACAAGUAAAUCUGAAACGGAUUCUGCCCCGGCAGAUGUCUAUGAAUUUCGGGACGAGUCUGAUGACAACAAGGAACAGCGCCCUCGGUUGAUUUUGACAAUCAAAUCUCCAGCUGUGUCCAGUGCCAGCAACGCCCAAACAACUGCGAUUGUGAAAGAAGUUACUAAAGAUGGCGCUAAAGAAAUUGGUAAAGAACAACCUAAGGAAAUUCCUUCCCAUCCGACUGUAGAAACUAAAGAAGAGUUUGCUUCACCAGUGGCAACCAACACCAGAAAGUCACGACGUCUUCAAGAAAAAGAUAACUCACGUAAUACUGUGGAUGAUACGAUUGAAGAUGUUGUGAAAAAUACCAUCCAGACACGUGCCGCAGCUAAUCAAAGAAGAUCCACACGUCAGGCGGUUCCUAAACAACAGCAACAACCAUUACCGCAGCCUGAGACCCCAAGAAAAUCUCCUAGAGGACGAAAACCUCGUAGAGGAUCUGAAGCUACAGAAAAUUCGUCCUCUGAAGAAACCUUCAAAGAAGAAUCCAAGUCUAUACCUUCUCCUGCUAAGGAACCUGAAAAGGCGAAAGAAGAAGAAAAAGAAACUCAAAAACAGCUGGACACGCUCAAGGAGAAACCACAUGAGAGUUUGAAGGCAGCCAUGUUGCGUCGCAUCAAAGUGGAAAUGGCCAGUACGAAUCAACACGAACCAACUAACUUAAUCGAUCCAGUGACUGGAGAACUUAUACCGAUGAGGGAGUGCGAGGAAGGAAAAUAUAUUCCCCUGCCCGAUAGUGCAACUGCCGAGCAGAGAAUUGCAGCAAAUGCAAAAGUAGGUCAGCCUCAAGCGAAACCAGCUGAAGUCAUUAAAUCCCAACCUACCGUUAUAGCCCAGCCUCAACAGGCUACAAUGGUGCAGUCACCAAAGCCCCAAAGUUUCAAAGCUCACGUGUUGUCUUCGCAAGCCGCUCAAGCGGCGGUUAGUCAACAACCAAGCCCGAUUCAAACGAAACCUUCAUCUGUACAUCCUACUUUACCGCCCCAGCCGAUUGUAGUAAACAAAACAACUUCUCAGGUGAAUGUUUCUAAGUCAUCUCCAGUCAUAGUCUCUAAAAAUGUUCCUCCAGUAUUGGUAACUAAAACUGUCACUCCAGUGGUCGUUACCAAGGCUGUAACUCCGAUAGUUAUUUCAAAAUCUAGCACACCGGUGGUUAUUUCAAAGCCCGUGACCCCCAUAAACCAACAUCUCAACGUUAAUACUUCUUUACCGAUGGGAGUCGUUUCAUCGGCUCACUUAUCGCCGAGACCAAACGUGCCUUUAACUACUUCCAAAGCGGUUCCUAAACAACUGGUCAAACCACCAGUACUGUCACCAGUAUUAUCACUAUCGGCACAACAGAAGCAACAGAUGUUACAAGUGAGCAAAGCACAGCUAAAUAAAGGCCACAUGGUGACGCCAAUGACUACCAGUCAGGCCCAAAUGGUGAACACCCAGAUGGCGCACAUGAAGCACCAGUCCGUUAUGAAACAACAAGUCAUUAUGGGUAAAGGUCCUAUCUCUAAGCCGGCCCAUUCACUACACCAACAGCAGUUGCUUAGCGGAGCUGUGCCUAGCCCUCCACUGGGCAAGUCUCAGUCUCCCCUAAGCAAUCCGUCAAGAAUUAUCCAAGGACCUUCGCCGGGUGCCAAAGGAGUCAUGGAACCUCCGAAGGUAGACGUUUCUAUGGGCAAUGUUAUGCUGGGACAGAGGCCGAAGCUGUCGCCGCAGGGUCCACAGCAGCGGUUGCUUCAAAGUGCCAUACCAGUCCCGGGAUACGAAGCCAGUUUGGGUGAAGCGAUCGCACAUUAUCCACCAGGUCCUCUACGCCCUCCGCCUGAUCUAAACCCUGCUCACUAUAUGCAUCCUUCACAUGUAAUGCAGUACCAACAGUUUUUGCGACAGCAACAAUUACAGCAUAUAUCAAGAUCUGGUAUUGAAAAAGUGGGUGAUGGUCAGGAAGGGGAAGAGGCUCCAGACACUUCUCCACCAUUGGAAUUGCGACGUCCUGGAUCAGUAGGACUUGCUCUUACAGGAAGGGGCGCUUCUGUUCCUCACAGUUUACAUUCUCCACACGACAGGGCAACUGAUUCACCUCAAGUGGGUCAAGUUUACAACGUCCACCCAGCCCGAAUGCAACACUACCAUUCCAACCGAUACUACGACCAAACCGAGCCCCCUCCAGCUCACCGCCCGUUGACCAGCCACAGCACAUUAGCUGCGCUGGGCAGCGACCGAGGUCUAGCGCACAUGGCACCUCUUGGAACGCCUGACAGACCGCUAAGCGGCCACUCGGCACUGUCGGCCCACAUGGGUGGACUGGGCGCUGCCGAUAGACCAAUAUCAACUCAAAUCGAAAGACCACUUUCAGCUCACGGACUGAUGGGCGCUGGCUUGGGUGCAGCUGGAAAUCUUAUGGGAGCCGUGGCACGUCAUAUAGGAGCUGACGCACCGACUAGUCAAAGAGGACUGCAAGCUGCAACUCCACCGCAUGCUAGCCAAGUUCCACCGCAGGCAGAGAGCCUCUUUAUGCUCCUUAAGCAAUAUCCUUGCAUGUGGCAGGGCCUACUAGCGCUUAAAAACGACCAAGCCGCAGUCCAGAUGUACUUCGUAUCUGGCAACGAUGACGUAGCCAAGUGCAGUCUACCUAAGAAUACAGACGGAUCAACACCACCACUCAGAAUUUUCCAGAGGAUGAGGCUUGAACCGCCUCAAGUCGAAGGAGUUGCCAGAAAAAUGCAGAUGGAGAACGAGCACUGCAUGCUUCUGGCUCUACCUUGUGGACACGAUCACAUGGACGUACUUAAACAAUCGACUAACCUAACUAGUGGCUUCAUAACCUAUUUACAGCAAAAACAGGCAGCUGGCAUUGUGAACGUGGCUGCACCUGGUACCACACAACCUCCCGCUUAUGUUGUUCACAUAUUCCCGUCGUGCGAUUUUGUGAAUGAAAACCUGCGAAGGAUAGCACCUAGUCUUCUUGAAAGGGUGGCCGACAUAGCGCACCUACUCAUAGUCAUAACAACAGUGUGAUUUACAUAUUAUAUUUAUGUUUGGGUUUAUGAAAAUUUAUUGGUACUGUCCUGUUUUUCUCGCGACGCAGAGUUUGUCGGAGAAACUAAUACGAUUUGACUUUAACCACGAUCUAAUUCUCAUCAGUUAAUUUUGGUAAAAAAUCUCGAAAUGUGGAAAGAAUUUAUGGAUUUUAUACUUAAUAUUUAAAAAGUUUCACUGUGAUUUCUUGACAAAACGUUAUUUACUAUUAUUGAAAUAAAAAUAAAAAAAAGCUAAAAAUAACUUACUACCUAUUUAAGAGAUCUCAUAUUGAACUUAGUUGUAAAGAAAUUUCUUUUAUUUAGAAGAUCUUUAUUUUCGUAAAUAUCUUGUAAAUUAUUAAAUUAAUUCAUGUAACAUCCUUGCAAUAUUUGUAAAGAUGUUAUUUGAGUGCUGGUUUUCUUUUCUGGUAUUUAAAUUUAGAAUAUCCUUUAUUUGAAAACUUCGGGAUUACGUUGCCAGAGUUUAUUUUUUAUAUCGCUACUUGUUGUUUAUUUAUUUAUUAUAGUAAACAGGUACUUAAACAUUUCUUCUUGGAACGAAAUUGUUUAAGUACUUUGUUUUUUAAACUUAUGCGUUCACAUUCCCCACUUUAGUUUUACGAUUUAUAGUUUUUUUAGUUUUUGUUAACAUAAUUUUUUAGUUUAUCACGUGUGGAGUGUGAAGGUGUCUGAUAGAGAACGCAACCUAAUCUCGAAGUUUUCCACAGCUUUAAAGUUGUAAAUAUUUAAAUUUAACGUUACCCAAUUUGUAGUUUGAAAAUAUGGCUAUUAUAAAUAUUAAAGCAUAUAGACAUAAUAUAUAAAUAUGUAGCAUAUAUUAUAUAAAAAAUCAAUCAUUUUUUAAAUUACAAUGUAAUAUAUAUGUGAAUAUAUAGUUUUAGUUUGAUAAUUUAAGCUUUUUUUGAGUUAUCGUUAAGAUGUUCUGUACAGUGUAUUUUUAGCUGUAAGGAUAAGUUAGCCAGCGUUACAAAAAUAAUAUAGGGAACAUUGUGAUGUCUAUAUAUUACUGUAAAUUUUGUACAUAUAUAAAAAUACUGUGUAUUGUGACUAUACAUUAUUAUAAUAUUAC